GGGGCCGUGACGUCUUUGCCCGGGCUGCAGCGGGAGGCCGCGGCGGGGAAGAUGGCGGACGGGAAGGCGGGAGAGGAGAAGCCCGAGAAGCCGCAGCGAGCCGGAGCCGCCGGAGUUAAUUCAUGGGAGCCUCUUGUACUGCCACACAAUCUCAGUUCCUGCUAUAUGCUCUAACAAACAGUGGAAGAGACUGUUGGGUCAGUAGGUGACAGCUGCAGAGGUGUCUUCCUUGUAAAGAUGCUUUUUGAGGUUGCUGCUCCCAUCAAUCUGCUCAGUAAAAAUAGCUCAUCUUGUAAUGGAGGGGAAAGUUCCAGUCGCAGCGCUGAAAAGCGAUCAGCUGACGAAGAAGCUGCAGACCUCCCAACAAAGCCUACAAAGAUCUCCAAAUUUGGAUUUGCCAUAGGUAGUCAGACGACAAAGAAAGCAUCAGCCAUAUCCAUCAAACUUGGAUCAAAUAAGCCUAAGGAAUCGGUUCCAACUCUUGCUCCAAAAACCCUUUCAGUAGCAGCCGCUUUCAAUGAAGAUGAAGAUAGUGAACCAGAAGAAAUGCCUCCAGAAGCAAAGAUGAGGAUGAAGAAUAUUGGAAGGGACACACCAACAUCAGCUGGACCAAACUCCUUUAAUAAAGGAAAGCAUGGCUUUUCCGAUAAUCAGAAGCUGUGGGAGCGAAAUAUAAAAUCUCAUCUUGGAAAUGUACAUGACCAAGACAAUUAAAUGAAGUGUUUGAGAUUGGGGUGUGGGUGGGUGCAGUUAGAAGGAACAGUCUCCUUUUGUAAAGAAUGGUGUAAGACUAGCUUUGGAGCCGGUUUUUCUUUUCCUUUUUCUUUUUCUUUCUUUUCUUUUCUUUUCUUUUUUUUUAAGAUUGAGUGGUACACUAAUAAAUGAGAGUUUGAAAUUAGAGGUAAUUUAUGUUUUAUAUACAGAUUUCAAGACAUUUGCUAAUUUUGUAGUUUCAUGUGAUUAGUUUCCAAAGGUUACAGAUAAUAAAGAAAUCAGAAGUGGUACCUUUCUAAGAAUUGCAUAUUUUUUUAGACACAACUAUUAGCACAUUAAGAGGGAAGCCAAAAGUUACUGUCUCCUUAAAACUGAGCAGUCCCUCUCCUGACUCCACUCCCUCAUCACUUGGACUGUCUGGCUCCCAGGAGCAGCCUCGUAGAUAGGAUUGGAUUGAGAAGACGAUGUUACUGGACUAUCGCCUGAAUAAAUUUAGAUAAAAUUAAAAUAAACCUUUUCCUAUGGGCAUUUCAUUGUUCUGGGUUAUCGUAUACUAGUAUUGCAUUGCUAUCAGUGGGUACCGACGCUUUGCUCUUUUAAAAAAAUUUUUUUUUUUUUUUUGUCUAAAAUUCUUAUGUGAAGUAUUAUUAAAAAUAGCCCACUUGACUUUAAUGGAGGUUGUCUCUGUUCAGGAGUCUUCAGAGAACACUAUUUGCUACCAAAGUAAAUCAGUAUUUUGAAUGUGCUUCUUUUGGUUUUUAUUCUAGUUCCUAUACGCAUUUCCACCAGAACUUGAGGCAAAUCGUAAGGAAGCUGUUUCUUUUAAAGUAAAAACCCCACCAAAAACAUCAGUGUACAUACUGCUUUAAGUAUUUAAAAGGUUAAAUACCAAAAAAAGGAAAAAGUUAUAACAUUGUAUGAAGACAGAUAAGGCAAUGCACUUUCUGUGACUUUUGAAGCAUUUAAGUUACUAACUUAUUAGAUCCAAUUUGAAUUGAACUCACAAGAUUUAUUUGUACAACUCCAUGGCUUAUUUUAAGUAUUUACAUGCUGACCAGUGAUUUCAAAAGCACACUUUAAUGACUGAAACAGGACAGAAAAUGCUUCUUCAAACACAUUUUCAUUAUGAAGUCUCUUACCACAUAUACUCUUAGAUUUGUGUAUUGCAGAGUGUUUGUUUUGUAUUUUUGUAUUGUAUAUGGGCUUUUUUAAUGUGACAGUUAAUGCAUCUUUAAUAGUCACAGACAAAAGAAAUGGUAAGAUUUCCUUGAAAAUUACAAUGUUAAAAUUGGAGGCAGCUUCAGUAAGUUUCAUUGGUGGUAAUUAUUCACUAGGCAUUUUUUAAUGUAAUAACUUCUAAGAAGCAGCCUGCAGAUAUUCCUAACACUUUGUUCACUACAUUUAAGUUUACGUAAUAAGCCCCAAGGAAAACAAUGGAAAUGUACAUAGCACUGUUAGUUCUUACAUGAUUUUAAGUAUAUCAAGAUUCAUAAAUUUAACUUUUAUGUAGGCAAACUGUUCAUUUGUCCAUUUUACUGUUUAUUGAAAUAACAUCUCUCCUACAUAUUCUUUACUUGACUCAAAUGACAUAUUAACCUGAGGUCAAGAUGAGGAGAGAGAGACGACUGAGCUGAAUGUCUUUACUAAAAUUACAAUAAAUUUUGUCAAACUUGGAA